AAACGUACAAAUUAUAUUGAACAGUGGUCGUUUUUUAAACAUUCAUUUGAUCGGAAUGAAAGUGGUAGAAAAAUGUCAAGGUAUUUGUAAAAAGUACUAUAACACGAAAUAUGUGUUUCGUUUAUUUCUUAAUGUUGGCAGGCCGCCUAUCGAUUCUCCCCACGUACACACCUCCUCUUCAGUCAUCGAUUGCACUUUUUGCACCUGCCAUUUUUUUUCCAGAGUAAUGAGAGCCUCAUCUCGAAUCAGUAGCACGAGGGUGCAGUAAAACAGGCCUGACCUGCGAGACCACCCUCACCCUCUUCGUCUCAAUGAAUCUUUCAUAUUCAAUACCAUUCGAAAAUUUCUGAAGUGUCUCCUGCAAGUAAGAAAGAAAAAGACAAAGAGAGGUACACUUGAGGAGCCAAAGUGUGCAACGAGGAAGGAACAACGCCGCCAUCAGUAAGAAAGAAAAGGAGGGAAAAAGACAGACGUAGAAGAAGGUGAAAGUAAGAGAGAGAGACGGACAGAGGGUGGGUGGUGGGGGGCUCUCGGUUUUAAGAGAGAGAGGGAGAGAGAGGAGGUCGAAGGGAGUCGAGCGAGGAGAAUGACGGAUAGCCAGCAGCAGUUUUGCUUGCGUUGGAACAACUUUCAAGCUAAUAUCACCAGCCAAUUCGAGGCCCUCAGGGAUGACGAGGACUUCGUCGAUGUCACCUUAGCCUGCGACGGUAGGCGUCUCCAGGCGCACAAGGUUGUCCUCUCCGCGUGCAGCCCUUACUUCAAGGAGUUGUUCAAGACAAACCCAUGCAAACAUCCAAUAAUAUUCAUGCGUGAUGUGGAAUUUGAACAUCUGCAGUCACUUUUGGAGUUCAUGUAUGCUGGAGAGGUUAACAUAUCUCAAGCAGAAUUGCCUACAUUUCUAAGAACUGCUGAGUCUUUACAAAUCCGUGGCCUCACUGACUCUCAAAAUAAUCAGCACAACAACGAAAAGCAUUUGAAGACAAACAACAUACACGCAUCAAAUGGCCGUGGGCUGAUCUCACCAAAUUUGGAGGAGGAUCGUAGUAAAACUCCACCAACCUCGAGUCCUCCACCACUAAAAAGGCUGUGCAAACGAAGUGAUUCGCCUCAAAUAUCUAGUCCAGUACCAGCUGCGGCGGCCUGUGCAACUGGAACGCCACGCACACGGCCAUUAAUUGAGCCACAGGUUCAACUUGACUGUUAUAAAGAUCUCGAUAUUGUUGAGCCAAAAAUAGAAUUACCAGAAUAUGGAAGCGAUGAUGAUUGUUCUCCAAAACAGGAGGUCAACACACUGCCAAGUGGUUUUCUUAGCCUUGAUGGUGGCAUGGAAGUUUUGCCAUCUUAUCCACCUUCCUAUCAAGGUGGAGGAGCAGGAGGAGGAGGAGGUGGAGGAGGGGGUGGAGGAUCGUUAGAAGGUGGGAUGCCAGGACCAUCUCAUGCUAGUAAUACGGAAUUAAAUCAAGAGCAACAAGCUGACCUACGCAAACUGCACUCGCUGGACCCACGCCCCUGUCCUGUCUGCAACCGCAUGUACAGUAACUUGUCGAACCUACGUCAGCACAUGCGUCUGAUCCACAACCCUCAGAGUGUCACAUGCCCCCUCUGUAACAAGCCAUUCAAGACCAAGCUCUACCUGAAACGCCACCUGGUCAGCUUCCAUGAGCUCAGCGUGGCAGACAGGCAUCGUCAGGAAGAAAUCUACCAACAGCAACAGCCUAAAGCUCAACAACAGACUGGAGCGCAAACUCAUCUACAAAUCCAGGCACAACAAACAGAUACAGUUAAAUCCUUUUCUGCGCCCAGAGUUUCUAUGGAAGAGGGUACAGCUACGGUAACUCUGGAGAACAAAUCAAGAGUAUUCCAAGAUGGUGCUUAUGAGGUCAAUCAGACCAAUGCUGAAUCGAAGCACUUUCAAAGCAGCAUGAUGCAGUUUGAUACUGCAUACCACUAAUGCGCCUUAGUUUCUUCGGCCCAUUUGUGAUAGCUUUUUGGUUGAGUAGGUUUAAUACCAGUAAUUUCUGGUAACUACAAUAUAAUAUAGUCUUUUGAAGAAAGGUGCAGUGAAGAGAUUAAGAGUUUGUGUUGUGAUGGAGAGUACUAAAGAUUUAUAGAAUUAUUAAUUGAUCAUUUUUUAUAAAAUUACUUAUCAACUAUUGUUUUUAUAUCAAGUGCUUAAGUUUAUAAGCCGUACUUUUGUUAUUAUUAUUAUUAUUUUUUUUUUUUGAAACAAAAUUUCAAGAUUUUUAGUUUAUUUGCAGUAAGUGAUAGAAUAGUAACAACAUAGAAGUCUUUAGAGUACAAACAAAGAAUUUAAGGAAUUUGAAUGAAUGAAAUGAAAGAUAAAA